AUGAGUUUGACGGGUUCGUUGAUCUUAAGUGGUAUCGGCGGCUUAGUAUAUAAGUAUGGUGGCCAACAGGCAGUGAAAGAGGAGGAUCUACCCGUUGGUGCCAGGGGUCUGACUCUUGGCUUCAUCCAAGUGAGGAUCAAAGUCGUUAAAGAACGAUGGGGAAGAGUGUCAACCAAUUUCUGGAACACAUUGGUGCGCAGUGGCGGUUAUAGAUAUCCAUUUCGAGGCGUUUCUGAAAUGUUCCGGUCGAGUAUAUACAUCUACCAUUGGGGUAGAGCCUUUGCACUCUACGUCGCAUUGUAUCUAACCGUGGCUUUUGUUUACUUCAUCACUAUUUUGCCCGUGUAUUUAGCGCUUUUGGCGUUUUGCGGACCCAUUGGAUUCGCUAUCGCCUACUUGCAUUUCCUUUUGCACUCUAACAUGCUGACCAUGAUGGUCUUGAGAUUCACGCAGUUGAACAACUCAUUGUUCGACCUAACGUUGUCGCACAAUGGAAAGGACGUUUUCGUCAAACGGGCGCUCGAAAGUCCUACAUUGCCCGUUCGUUACUACAUCCCCGUUAACACGUGCUAUUUCUGGUUCAAUCACUUGCCUUGGAGAAUUACAGUGCACUUCAUUCAGUUCGUUGCGUUGCUAACGCUCUUAAUAAUUUCUCUCAUUCCAGUUUUGGGGCCCAUCAUAUUCAACGCACUCAUUUCGCCAUUUAUUGCCAGACUCUAUUUCUCGAGGUUCUUACGCCUUAAGAAACUGGACAACAAGCGCAGGGACGAUGAGUUUUACUUCAAUCUCGGUUUGUAUAUUUCCUUCGGCUUCGUGGCAGGUCAAUUGGAGAUUAUCCCAUUUGUCUCAGGCUUGAUUUAUUCCUCCAACAGUGUCGGAGGCGGGCUUUGUGCAAUAACUGCUUUGGAUGCCGAAGUCGCUGCCCCUGCUGUUUCCACUUCGAACGGCGUUGCUGGUGAUAGUCAUGAACCCACGGUCGCAUGA